CUGUUUCCGCCCCGCACGGUAAUGGCGGCAGCCGCGGCGGUGGAGGGGGAGGGAGCGUUGGGCGAGUGCGCAUGUGCAAAGCUCCAUGGAGAGAAAAGGGGGUGAGAGAGCAAGAGGGAUAAAGGGAAAAAACAGGGUUUGGAAAACGAGGCUGUGAAGUGAGAGGCACAAGGGAGACUCCAAGACCUGCUCUUCUGAUGCAUAACAGAGCAAAGAGAUGAAGGGACAGCAGAAAGCGGCUGAGACUGAAGAGGGCACUGUGCAGAUCCAGGAAGGUGCAGUGGCGACAGGCGAAGACCCCACCAGCGUUGCCAUUGCCAGCAUCCAGUCGGCGGCCACUUUCUCCGACCCCAACAUCAAGUAUGUCUUUCGCACAGAGAAUGGCGGGACUCAGGUGAUGUACAGGGUGAUACAGGUGGCUGAGGGGCAGCUGGAUGGGCAGACGGAGGGCACCGGCGCCAUCAGCGGCUAUCCUGCAGCACAGUCCAUGGCCCAGGCUGUUAUCCAGGGUGCAUUUACCAGCGAAGAUGCUGUUGAGACAGAAGCUACAGCCACGGAGACCCACUACACGUACUUCCCCACGACAGCCGUGGCAGACACCAGCACCUCCUCUGGUGCGGGGACCACAGCCACCGCGGUGGUGACCACCCAGAACUCAGAGGCCCUCCUGGGGCAGGCCACACCCACUGGUACAGGGCAGUUCUUUGUGAUGAUGUCACCCCAGGAAGUUCUGCAGGGCGGAGCUCAGAGAUCUAUCGCACCCAGGAAUCACCCCUACUCUCCGAAGUCCGAAGCUCCUCGGACAACUCGGGAUGAGAAACGCCGAGCACAACACAAUGAAGUGGAGCGCCGACGAAGGGACAAGAUCAACAACUGGAUUGUGCAGCUGUCCAAGAUCAUCCCAGACUGCUCCAUGGAGAACACCAAGUCAGGGCAGAGUAAGGGAGGGAUCCUCUCCAAAGCCUGUGACUACAUCCAGGAGCUGCGGCAGAGCAACCACCGCCUUUCCGAGGAGCUGCAGGGCCUCGACCAGCUGCAGAUGGACAAUGACGUCCUGCGGCAGCAGGUGGAAGAUCUCAAGAACAAGAACCUGAUCCUGCGGGCGCAGCUGCGUCAGCACGGGGUGGAGAUCAUCAUCAAGAAUGACACCCACUGACUGGCGAGGGGCGUGGGGGGAGCGGCUGAACCCCAGGCCUCGGGGUCUGCCAAGGCACAAGGCGAGGAGGGACCCCCCCAGUCACGACUGCCCGCAGGAGGCAGCUCUCGCCUGCUGAUGCUCCUGACCUACAGCGCCUCACUCUUGCUGUACAGACCCGAAAGCAGCAGCGUCAGCGUCCUGGGGCUGAAACCAGCGCUCGUGCCUCCCCUCAGAGCUCCCCCUGAGCCUGGCCCAGAGCCUCAGCCUGCCCUGCCUCCCCCUAGAGCUCCCACCCAGGCUGGGCCAGAGACUCGGCCUGCUGCCUCCCUCCCCGGCGGAGCUGGUUUGAAUAAAGAAGCUGAUGCUGUCUCUGUAAAAGUAUUUUCAUUGCUGUAGUGGAACGAACUGGUGUUCUGCUCUCGGCGUGGCCCCCGCUUGUGGGCAGCCAGGCAGGGCUUGCGCCCAGGCACGAUGCCACGCAUGCUUGUGUUCGCCCCCUGCUACGUCUCCCCUUGGUAGCCCUCCUGCGCAUGCGCACACCGUCUCAGGCUUGCACGGUAGCACGUCCACCCAUCAGCCCCUCCCGUGUGCUGUCACGUCCUCGUCACCCCUGGAGCUGACACUGACAUACGCUCUUUGUCCCAUUUCACCCUUUCCUCUCCCCAGCCCCGCUCAGCUCCCCCGCCUGCUCCUACAGGGAGAGGGCCGCUUCUCCCGGAGCCCCGCCCGCACCCACGUGCUCCUCCCUGGCGCCCUCACCACCCCCAGCCUGGCCUGUCUGAGCAUGUGCCAUGGAGGGCAGCUCCCAGCACUGGGGAAACACUGCUCUUCCCCUGGCGUGCCCUGGCCCUCCUGCCUGGAGCGCGGUAGCCUGUCUCCAGCUGGCCUUCCCUGCGGGCACUGUCAGCCAAGCCACUGACCCUUUCACUGUGGGGGAGGCGGAUGGCGCUGUGCCAUGGGCAGCACCUACCCCAGCAGGGCUCUGCCCUGCCCCUCCACCCCCCUUCCAUGGCUGGCACUGCCUGGCUCUGCUGGCCUCUGACUUUUUUUAAUUCUCUGAAUUUAAAAAGCAGAAUAAAUAAAAAUAGUGAUUUGUUUUUCCA